CAUUCCGUAACUUGUCUCGUUUUUGUGUUUUCAGGAUUUAAUUUUGUAAAUUUCUGAAAUAAAUAUGUUUCUUAUUUUGCUUCUGCGUUAAAAUUAAGUAAAAACAUUACCACCGUAGUUUAUCAUGAAUAAACCCAGACUACUAUCUGGAGAAGAAAUAGUCAACAAAGGAGCGACAAAAGCCAUUGUCUCUCUGCCAGAAAUCGGUCUCAAAGAUGUCACGCCAAACGGGUCUUGGUUAGAGCAAAAACAAAUACAAUCUGCAUUAGAUGCCAGAAAACAACUUAUAGAAGUAGAAAGGAUAGAAAAAUGGGGUACCCUAAGCCACGCCAUAUGGCGGGAAGACCUCAUGCUAGCAGAGGUGACAAAGCAAACCGGUGGGUACUGGCAGUACCUGGGCCACCACAGCGGUAAAGUGCUAUACUUGAAUCCUGAAGAAGCACUGUACUUGAUGGAAGUGAACUGCCUACAUCUUCAGUUCAAUGAUGUCACAGUGUCCCUGCAGCAAGCUUAUUCUUUACUUCUUCGUGGCCAAGUGUCCAUCUUGCAAUACAAAGUAUAUGCCUCUCUAAGUAGAUUAGGAUAUAAAAUAUUUAGAUUUAUUGAACCUAAGACAGGAAAUGAAACAAAUUUAGAUACACUUGAAAAAGUCAAAGUUAAUGUCAUUAACAAUGAUAAUGAUAAAUCUAAAGUAAAUACUGAAGCAAAAAUUGUAUCUGACAAUUCUGAUGAAGUUAUUGUAAAUAAUAAGCAAAACGAUUUUGAUUUAGAAAAUGCUACUACUGAUGUUAAAAGUGAUGAUGUAGUUUUUAAAGAGAGUGAAGUUCCUCAUGAUGAAAAUAUGGAAGAGACUGCAGCUGAAAAUAUAAUUUUUGAGGCAAAUGAUCUGGCAAUAGUUAAGGAUAAUGAGAUUCAAAUUAUGGCACAGAAUGAGUCUAUGGAAACUGAUAGUGACAAGAUUGUAAAUUGUGAUGAAAACACACCUGCAUCAAACAAUGUAAAUAAUGCAAUUAACUCCAAUAGUCAUAAAGAAACAGUACAUGACUCAGAAAAUACUGCAAACACUAGUCUAACAAAUAAUGCCAAAAAUAACAAAGAAGUUAACAAAAUUAAUAGUAAAAUAUUUUUUUUACAAAAGCGCAAACUUAAGAGUCAGAGCCCAAAAGACAUCCACAAAUAUUUCGAAAGCAUUCCUGAAUUAGUACAAAAAGAAACUGUAACAGUCAUAGUGCCAACAGAACAUUUGCCAGAUGGAGUUAAUCCUAGGUACGCUAGUUAUGAAAUCAACUUAAAUAAUGUGAGAACAAGAAAUAAAAGUUCGUCACAAUCAGAUACUAAUACAUUUGCUGCUAAUGAUAGAACAGGGUAUAGAGUAGAAAGCACGCUUUCAACUCAGCAAAGCAAUAAUCAAUAUUACAAUUCUCAUGAUCGUUUUAUUCGCCAACCUUUCUUUAAUCAAUUCCAGUUUUGGAGGCCACGAACCAAUUGGAACUCUUUUUCUUAUAACAUUUUUACCCAAAGGCCGUUUAUAAGGAACACGUUUUUCGCAACUAGGUUUCAGUUUUUUCCUAGGCAAUUCACAAAUUUCAGACCUAGAUUUCACUUCUUUCCUAGGAAUUUUAAUUACGCUAGACCCUCUAACAGUUCUGCAAACACAAGGCCUGAUAAUAACACAGAUUUUACCACAAACAACUCUAGUUCUUCUCGCAAACGUACAAGAGAUGGAGAACAAAUUUUACGUUUGAAUACAAUAAAGAACUUGGCAGCGAAUAUUAAAACAAAAAGAUUGAUCCGAGAAAGUAUCAAUAUUGGUAUAGUGGAGUUCCUACAAAAUCUGAUUAGAAUUUACAAUGGAAGAUAUCAAACCAGAAUUCGUCUCACUGAUGAUUUUGAAAUUGACGAUAAUGAGAACAUUGUUGAAACAAUCACACUUGAUGACGAUGAAAUAGCUGUAAAAAUACCAAGAAGAGAAGAAAGUGAUUCAUUUGAAGAAAACUUUAGUAGUAUUCAACAGAUGGCUACUAAAUUAAAGGAACUUGAAGAUAAAGAGUCAGCUACACCACAACAUAGAAGAGCAUUAUCAAAAGUGGUCAGAACAUUUAACGACUCUUAUAACGCAGAUAUUAAUAUAAAUGAAAGUUAUGAAGUUGUGGAUCGUCGGCACAUAGUUCUAGAUUCGAGUUCGGAUUCAGACUGUGUUAUAAAAGAAGCCGAAGUUAAGAAAGACACAAAAAAAGUUAGAAAGAAGGUUAGGAAUCCUUUCAAUUUACUCAAGAACCUUGCUGAGAAAAGUAGGCAAAUAGCUUGUUGUAGCAAAGAAAUUGAAGAAAUUGCAAAUGAAGAAAGUGAAAAUAAAGAAGAGAAAGGAUAUAGCGAAGAAAUGAAAAGGUCAUUCAAAAGUUGGCUGCCAAAAAGCGACGAUUUCGGUAGAGCUGAAGUUGUGCCUAAAAGUUUAAUGCUUGCCCGAAUAAUCGAAGCUAAUAAACAAACUUUUUUAUAUGACUUCGUCAAAACUCAGAUUUGCAAGUUUGCAAAUUGGUUAGAUGUUAAAAUAUCUUUUCUGGAAAAUAUGGAAUACGCAGCUGCUCUAUUUAAUGAUGAACAUGUGAUGGAAAACAGCCCUGAUUGGAACUCUAUUAUCAAACCAGAAGAUUGCAAGGACAUGUCUUCUGUGCUAAAUAAAUUGAGUAUAAUAUCUAAUAACAGUGAUGUUAAUCCAGAAACAAGUCUUAGAAUAGACUUUGAUGUGUACAACAAAGAUGUUAAACAUUUUAAGAAAAGCAAUUUACCUAAACCUCAUUUUAGAAUCAUUUGUAUAAAGCAAUCAUCAGAAUUCCCUCCCGGGCCAGACGUGGCCGCACUUCACGCCCGACAUGGCGACGUGCCUAUAGUAUUCGCGAUUGUAGGCGCAUCUGUGUCCUAUCUACAAAUAAAUCCUGUAAAGUUACCUAUGUAUAUAGCUGAGGAAGAAUCCACGUGAAUGAAAUUUGUAUUAUGUGUAAUAUA